GUCUAAAUAAAAUCCAUCGUAUAACUUUGAUCGGAGUAGCUUCGUGUACAGAACUGGAUUCGGGCAGUUCCUGACAUAAGUUUUGUUAGAUGAAUUAAGAUGAAUUGUUUCUGAUCUGCUCUCCAUUUGAAUGUUUUACUGAUGCAGACAGAGAGUGCAGAUUUUCUUGUUGAUGUAUGUCUAUGAAGCUUGUCUUUUAAUCUUACGAAAGCAAAUUUCUGCCAACGCAAACGGACGAGAAGACAAGGCCAGCGAGCUGCACUGACUGAAACUGAAUGAGAUUGGCGAAUCUACACGGAACUCGGUUUAGGAGGAGGAUCUCGAUCCUGAGCUGACUGACCUGGCCUUGGGCCCUGGGCUGAAGUCGUGAAAUCUUUGCCAAAACGAAGUUCUGAGCUGAGAGAGCACAGUCAAUCUAUCUAGUUUGUGUAACUCGUGAUGAAUCAUGUUUGCAUCAGACUUCUUGUGUGGUGCUGUUGAGGGGUUCUAUGGUAGGCCAUGGACUCCGGAACAAAGAAGAAGCUUGUUCUCCUUGAUGCAGCGUCUUGGAUUGAACACCUACAUGUAUGCUCCCAAAGACGACUGCAAACACAGGGCCUUUUGGAGAGAUCUGUAUUCAGUAGAAGAAGCAGAGCACCUGACGAGUCUAAUCUCUGCAGCCAAGGACCACGAUAUUUUGUUUGUCUACGCCCUCUCCCCGGGUCUGGAUAUCACCUUCUCUAAUGCCAAAGAAGUCACAUGUCUCAAUAGGAAACUGGAACAGGUUAGUCAGUUUGGAUGCGAAGCGUUUGCUCUCCUCUUUGAUGACAUCGACACAGAAAUGUGUGUGGCCGACACCGAGGUCUUUCAAUCGUUUGCUCAAGCUCAGGUCUCUGUCACCAAUGAAGCAUUCCAGUAUCUGGGCCAACCAAAGUUCCUUUUCUGUCCAACCGAGUAUUGUGCAACGCGAGCACAGCCAUCGGUGAAGAGUUCUGAAUACCUCCAGACGAUCGGCAGUAAACUUCUUCCUGACAUCAUGGUCAUGUGGACAGGUGGGAAAGUUGUGUCAAAGUUCAUUACCAUUGAAUCCAUCAAAGAAUUGAGCUCUGUAAUCAAACGCAAACCCGUCAUCUGGGAUAAUAUUCAUGCAAACGAUUACGACCAACAGAGAAUGUACAUAGGACCAUAUAAGGGCAGGUCUACAGAGUUGAAGCCCUAUACCAGUGGUGUGCUGACCAAUCCAAACUGCGAAUACUACCUGAAUCACAUAGCACUCCACACGUUAGCAACAUGGAACAAAGCAGCUGGGACUGGAGACGGCAAGAAAGACGAACCUCCCGGCGACAUGACAGAAGAGGCAACCAUUAGUGCAGAUGAGCAACUAGAAACAGAAGGAAAAACUGAGCCAGGACCACGGAGGCUAAGGAUAAACCAUGGGAACUAUGAUCCCGAUUUAGCUCUCAAACUUGCCAUUGCUGACUGGAUACCGAUGUUCCACCAACUCAAGGUAGCAGGCGUCAAGAAGGUGCCAGUGAUCCCUCCGAUAGCUCCGAUCCCGUUACCCGUCCCGGUCCUUCCGGUCGUAGCCCCACCGAUUCAAAGCGUCAACACGUGCAUGAGCGUGACACCGACCACGAACACUUCCUUCCCGGCCUCUCUGGAGGUGAUUCCCCAGGUUGCAGCUGAAAUCCUGAAAAAGAGAGAGGCCUUGGAUCCUCUGGGUAUUGAGAACUACAUACCACCGUCCAACAUUGUCAACUCGCUGAUCAGUCAGCCACCUCCUCCUGGUAUAGAGGAUACCUUAGAACCAAUGGAAUGCAAUGGUGACAACUCACAGCCGACUGUUUUGAGGACUAACGAAGCGGUAGCGCCCAUUAUCCCAACUAAAGGCAGCAGUAGCAUGCCGACGAACACGACCACAAGUAGCAAAGUGACGGACAUCGACAUGCACGAAGUGGAUAUCGCGGACAAGCAGGAAGUUGACAUUGCGGAUAAGCCGCCCAUCCCGAAAGCGGCGGAAGGACCCGUCGCUUCCGACUCUAGUCCCGACGGCACGGCCGACUGUGAGAUGCAGGUGGACAGCUCCACUGACCAUCCUGUAGGGGGGGACAACAGAGAAAGAAAGACGCCGCUAAGAGAGAAGAUCACGGAGGAAGACCUCAAUCUCAUGUGUGAACUCUUUUACUUGCCCUAUGAGCAUGGCCCAAUAGCGACACAGAACCUUGAGGAGAUCCAUUGGCUGAGGAAUAAUGCCUAUGUAGUGCGUGCAGGCAAAGGCCCGGUCAAAGGCUCUGAAGAAAAGGCAGCAGAGUGGGAAGAGCGGGCCACACGGUUCCUGAAGUUCUGUAAAGACGUGAAGCAGCUAAUGACCCGUCUCCUCCACACACCCAACCGUAGUCUUCUCUAUGAUAUCUACCCGUACAUGUGGGACAUGGAGAUAGCCGUCUCUAUGAUUGGAUCAUUCAUCAAGUGGCUAGCCGUUGGACUGCUUCCGGAGACGAGCUGCGGCUGUAUGGACGUCUUCUACUCAUGGUGUACGACCAAUCACAAGCAAGCUUUCCUGAGCGGAGACAACGAGCCUUGGAUGUUCAGGGGAGGUCUAACGGGAGAGUUUCAUCGUAUGCUUACCCUUGAGAGCGCAGCUGAUUUAUUAGUACGUCAGCAACCUCGUCAGGUUUGCAGUCGAGUCUUCACCAUCAGGCCUUUCUUACCCAAAGACGAGGAGGCUGUUUAUAAGAUGUGUUCUCUGAAAUACUCUGAUGACAAGGCUGAUAUGAAGAGCUUUGAUGACUAUCCACGACUCCUAACCGACAAGUAUCUUGGUCUCUUUGUCACACUGAGUCCUGAAUACUGUUUUGUGUUGGAGGAGUCCGAGUGUAUCGUUGGCUAUGUGCUAGCAGCUCUCGAUAUCAAGGAUUUCUGUACCAAAGUAGAGGCUGCUUGGAAGCCUGAACUCCAGGCCAAGUAUCCACUCCCGUCUGCUGACAAGAAACUCACCCCAGCAGAGGAGCUGAUCAAGAGUAUACAUGACAAGGAGCCAGAGGUGCCGGCCACCAUGUCUACACGUCUUCCCUCACCAAUCAUAGUUGAUAUACUGCCCUCUGUUGAGGACCCGGAGGUCAUCAAGAAUCUACUCGCGUGUGUUCUGGCUGCUCUCAAGUCAAACGGAUCCAGUGGGGUCCAUGCUGUUCUUAGGGAAGGGAAUGAGCCUCAACGACAGUUCUACGCCAAGCUUGGUUUGUUCCAGAUACCAGAACAGGACCAGUACAUGGACGGUAUGGUCAUCGUUGGACGUGCAAUAUGAAGAACGUCCGUUCCGUCAAUAGCUUCUAGAUAAAGGGCACUUGUUUUUUAUUUGAAGCUACCACCACCUGCUUUGCCUAGGUCGAAUUGCAUCGUAAUGCCUCGUUCACACUUGAUCUUAGGGGCGUUUCACAGAACUUGUCAUCAGUGACAAAUGACAGUUUUUGUUAUAAGCUACUGAAAUCCUUGCUUCUGAUUGGUUAUCUGUCUAUUUGUCACUGAUUUUUGUCAUUUGUCAUUGUAAAAAGGGUUUGUGAAACAGAUCCCUAGUAAACGGCCUCAAAAACAAAAUCUGGCACAGCCAAAAAACAUCAGCAUAGUGCACUUCAUGUUUCGUAGUGUUAGAACAGGCAGAGAAGAGAAUAGGCUGAAGGGCCCAUGUUGAACACAACUACUCUUUCUCGCCAGCGCUUGCCAUUCAAUUGCACACGAGAUGGCUUUCAUUUGCAGGAGCAGUAUUUUAGGGGGUUGGUUUAUCAUGUCAUGUGUGAACUGAGCCAUAAGGGUUAUUGAGAGGGAGAUGACUGGAGGAUGGUAACAUCUUGCUGCAUUCACAAUGGACUCAAACCAUGGGUCACUUACAUCAGAAGCUAUCUGCAAAGGAUCUUUGAUUUACAGCUGUGUUCCCGUUAAUAGCAAUAUGUGUAGCCUUGUGAAUGUUUUCUGUUUUAACUCAUUACAUUUCCUCAUGCAUCAGCUGUGUAUCUUGUACUGACCUUGUAACAGUGGGUUUUCAUGUUGACAUACCAGGAUGCCAUUUUUCUGGCUUGUACCUGAUCUUUGGGCCCUGUCACACUUCUCUGUUACUGACUUUCUCAUGAUUUGAAGCGGGAAUGGUCGCUGGGUGGAAUAAAAAACCAAUCACACUUACCAGACUUUAUGUGCACAAAGCUACCCAGGCAUGAAUCCUCCAAAUAUAUAUAAAUGUUCCAAAUAUUGCACAAUCCUCAAGUUGAAAAGAGGAAAAUACUACAGCUUCAUACUGUGUGGAAUAUACAGGGCCCUAAUAGGUAUUUUGGGUCUUUUGUCAGAAAUAUUGGGUAAAAUAAACUGGUAUCCGUAUGAGAAAAAGUUCCUUCAUGAGUCUCCAGUGUGAUCGGUGUCGAUAAGAAGAAAAAAAUAUUUUAGGUGCUAAUGCCUGAAUGCUUAUAGGCAACGGUAUGGUCAUCGGGGUGGAUGGGAGACCAACAUUCAAGAAAGUAAUUCAGAGAUGGUAAAUGUACUUACAGGAUAAAUCACUUGGAAUAUUCCUUUCGUAAAUGCUGUCAGCAAUAUUGCCACCGCAUCAUGGUUUUGUAUCUAUGUACUUAAUUCUGUGUCUCUCGCUCAAAAAUAAAUCUCUCUUUCCCAUGAUGCCAUUUUGAACAUGUAUUAAAUCCAAUUUUAAUGAAAAUGGCAGUCGGUCACUAACACUUGCAAGACCUUUGUAGAAAUCUUGUUCACAACAAAACUCUUUAUAUUGUAUUCUUGUGAAGUAUAUAGAAUACUGAUCUCAAACGUUAUAAAAAAAUGAUAAAAAUCCAGUAUUAUUUUAUGUUAUCACCUGUUAUGACUCAGUAAGACAUUGACCUGUGAUUACAGUAAAUGAUUAUGCCUUUAGAAAUGAGCAGCUAUGAUCUUUUAAGACAAAAUAUAGAGUAUUUGACGCUUUAAAAAAAUAACCUUUUUUAGGCCUAGAUUUGACAUCAAUAAAAACAGUAAAAUAAUACAAAAUAGGCACAUUGUGUUUUCACCCGUAGAACUUCCUAGCAAUGUGCUUUAAACUACACCAUAUAUCUCACUCCUAAUAAAAUCACUAUUUUUCACAUAUCUGUUCCUUGUACCUUUCUAGCAAUAAUAAAGCUUUAGAACAGUUCAUCUGUUGAAAAAUAUAUCCAUUCGCUUUAAUAGGCAAAGGCCUACAAUAUGCUGCUGUUUGCAACAUGUCUUUGAAUUCUUAGAUUUUGUGUGGUCCUCUUACGAAAAUAUUUUCUUGGAAGACUACCUGUAAUAUUGUUCCUUGUCUUGGACAUGACUGCCAUAACUUGACAGGCUACAAUUUACAUGUACAUCCUUGUCUAGUAUCUGUCCUACUAAACCUACACGAUGCUGGUAUUGUUUCAAAAAAGUUCUCAAUAUACUUUAAAGGCUUCAAAUAGAAGGGGGGGGGGGUAUGGAAUAGACAUUUUUUUUUCAAAUUGUGCUGCAUAUUUGUGUAAAAGCUGCAACUUUAGUUGAGUGCCCUUACCCUUUCAAUGGAUGGUGCGUAUCUGUCAUAUGUACAAUGUAGGCUUGUACUUGUAUCUUAUGAUAUUGUUUUUUUCAGGAAAUCCAUCUUUAUUUUACUUGUCCUUGAAUCUAUCUAGACUGAUGCAACUCGAUGAUUCCGAAUAAAGUUAUUUGAAUGUCUCUGUGGGAGCAAAUUUUAUAUACCGGUACUGCGUGGAACAAGACAACGAGGGGGAACAUCACAUGAAUGAGUAUCAGAUGCAGUGUAUUCCACAUCAGCAUUUUGUGUCUGGUCUAGACCUGAAAUAACUUGUUAAUUAAUGCCAAAAUUUAGUCAUAAAUAUGAGUCAGAAAAUAUUUUAAAAUAACAUAUAUUUUUCAGCAUGUGGUUGUUGUAUGGUUAGUGAGUGUCACAGUGCUUUAUCCUGUUUGGAUAUAAUUCAUUUUUACUUUGAUGUCACACAAUCAUGAAAUGGCUGGUUUUUAGUACAAAAUAUUGAUAUCUUUUAAACUGUACUGGUACAGUGCUCCAAUAUUUUGUCAAAGGAAUUGCACAUUUUAAUUUUUUUAUAGAUGAUGAAUACCGCUGUUCAAGUUAUUGGAGGAGCUCAGAUAAAAAAACAAAAAGAUUGGUUAUGGUGACUUAAGCCUUGCUCAGAUUUGACACAGCAAAACUGCAGCAUUUAAAAAAAAUUUGUUUAUGUCCUAAAGUGUGAUAUGCUUCAUGUUUCUGUAUCUUGUAACACAGAGUCCUUUGUGCGCAGUCGCCAUUCACUUACACGUAAAUAAAAUGUGGCAGCUUGUUUGUAGUGGUUUAUCUGAACAGGCCUUUUAAAGUGCACAAACAUAUCCCCUCAAAAAAGUGCUCAAUUAGGGCUCUUGAAUGAUGAAAACAAAUUAGGACAAUGGCAGUAGUGUCCAUUUUCUGAUCACCAUAGGUUUAAUGAUAGCUCAGUUGGUAGAACAGUGGUCUCGUAAUCGGGCAACCCGGGUUCGAAACCCUGGCGAUGCGCUAGUGCCCUUUGGUAAGGCAUUAAUCCUCAUUACCAGGUCUCUCGGAGAGGACUUAAAGCUGUCGGUCCUCUGGUUGCAUACUAACAAGCGUUUAUGCUUUCUUUGCAUUCAGUUGAAAUACCCACCACUACACACAUGUGAUAUGUUGAUGUACUAAUAUGUAUUAAAUCAAUAAAACGGUUUCCUUUUACUUCCUAAGGUUGCAAUUCAAUUGAACCUUUUUUAAAUUACACUUUAUUUCAGCAAAGUUUAUUUUCCACAAUAGUAUGUGUUAACAAAGCACAUAAUUGCAAUAAACUUUUACUUGAAGGAUGAAAGAUUACUUGUGAAAUUUCUCUAACAUAAAAUUAUGACCUAGAAAGUAGAAGCUGCAGAGUAAAUCUCUGUUAUCAUCUAUGUAUGGCGUUGUUAUUCCAUCCCAAGAUUUGAACACCUUUCUGCUAUUUUGUUUUUUGUUUACCCCGAUUCAAUGCUACAUGUACUAUGCGUAUAUGGGCUUGUUUAUCGGUCUUAUUUUUGUUCUUGGUCUGUAUUGUAAUGCUAUGCCAAAGGUAUGUUUUAUGUAAAAACUGAUGAUUAAAAUAAAUCUUAAUCAUGUCCUUCAAA